GUGACCUAGCGCCGUCGUCGUCUCCAACAGCAGAGCCAGAGAAGCCAAGAAGAUUCUCUUUAGUCGACAAUGGGAAAGGUACACGGUUCAUUGGCUCGUGCGGGGAAGGUGAGAGGUCAGACACCGAAAGUGGCAAAGCAGGACAAGAAGAAGAAGCCUCGUGGCCGUGCUCACAAGAGACUGCAACACAACCGCCGUUUCGUCACCGCCGUUGUUGGCUUUGGCAAGAAGAGAGGACCAAACUCAUCAGAGAAGUAGACAAACCAAGACUUCUGAUUUUUUCCCUCGGAUUAUUUGAUGUUUUGAUAAUGCGUUUCGUUUUAGUUCGGGUAUGGUAAUGAGUCAAUGGAUGUUGUCAGUUUGAUUUGUGUUUCUCCUUGGAUUAUAAAACAUAGUUUCUUGGGUUAGUAAAGGAGUGACGAGCUAUUUCCCCCUCCAAACUAUUGUAUCGCACUGUAUCUUCAUAAACUUUGCCCGUCGUCUUAUAUCCCCCUAAAGUUAAAG